AUGGGAAAGCUGAAUUACUCGGCCCGAAAGAUCGACGGCGUCAAGGCGGCACAGGUAGUCGUUAGAGAUUUGAAAAAACGAAUCACCCCCGGCUCCAGCGCCCGAAACACCUCCCGUGAUCCGAUCCUCGAACUCGACAUCAGCGACAAAAACCUAACCGACAUCGGCUUCAUGGAAGUCCUCCACACCCUCCUCGAAUGCAUGAAAUACCGCGACGCAGAGCAUCCCGAUGGCGCUGCCAAACUCACCGAGCUGCACCUCCCUGGCAACCAAUUGACCAUACUUUCGCUGGAAAAGCUGGGUGAGGUGGUUGAGCUUAGCGCUGGAGAUUUGCGCGAGUUGGAUAUUUCUCGGAAUCAGAUUGAGAUUCACGGUGGUGAUGAUAAGGGGAAGGGGACUUGGUUGGGGUUCUUAAAGGCGUUUGAGGGAUGCUAUGUGCUUAAGAAGCUAGAUUUGGGGAUGAAUCAGCUGGGGAUUGCGGGUGUUGAGUUGCUGUCGAGAGUUUAUAUGCGGAGUGAUCUUGACUUCUUCGAGGAAGAAGACCAGGAGAGAAUUGUUGUUGAGGAGAUGGCGGCGUUGGAUGUCAAUGAGAAAGAGAAUGACCGUGGUCGUUCGAAGAAGUCGCCUAAGGGUAAGGCGAAGCAGAACGUGACCAUCGCUACUUCCGGCCCUUCUACUACAAAGACCGUGAAUCCUGCCGACUUGAAACACUACGCGUGCACCAGAGGCUUACGCUCUGUGCCAUAUAUUAUCCUCUCGAACAUCUCGUUGACCACCGGUGCUGCCAUCCAUCUGACUAGCAUGAUUCUUGCCCAUCGGGAUCCCGAGCAGCUGCUCCCCUAUCUCCCCCCAGGCAAAACGCCCCCUCUCCCCGACACUGGCGGCCGAUGCAACGGUCUAGUCUGGCUUCCCAACGACGAUCUAAGCGACCUGGGCCACAAAAUGCUCGACUCAGCCGAGACGCUUCGUCAGUUUGCCUCCGAAAUGCAUCCCGAGGAAGAUCAGGCGCAUCGGGAGGGAAAGCUUCCCCGCGAUUUGGAGGGCGUUAACUUGAUGGACUUCAUGGAGCAGCGCCGUCAGCAUGCGAAACUGAACGUGGAGUAUACUCGUAUCAUCAAGCGUGCACGGAUCGAAGCCCUAAGGACGGAGGGCGCGCAUGCCACGGAGCUAUGGAGCGCUGCGUUGCAGAUGAUCACCACAGCUCGUACGCUGCUAAUGGAUGGUUCCAAGCGUGACGCUGAAGAGCUGUCUGGGUCCGAGAAUGAGCAGGAGAACACUGCACCAGUGGAAUCUGUCUCUGAAUCUGUUCCGACACAGAACGGCGAGCUUGCCACAUCUGCACCUUCUAAUCAUACUUCCAUUAGCAUGCCGCCCCAGGAAUACAUCCAAACAAACAAUUACGAAGCCUAUGCCUACUCUACAUCUGUCGAUGAGCCCAUGCCUAAGGGUCCGUUCCAGCCAGGCGGUGAGACGUUCGAUGUCAAUUUCCCUGCUCUGAGCGGACCUUCCGCAAAUAAGGGUCCUGGUCCUUGUCCUGGACCUAUCGAGCCUCCGACGAAAGAGAAGCUUCCUGUUACUCCUCCCCAGGCCCAACGGACCCAGCAGCAACGACACCAGCGACAGAAGUCCAGAGCAGAGCAUGCGCAUCGCACGGAAAAACGUACUUAUAUCCAAGGACAGGAGAAGCCCCGGAAUCUGUUCCACAGACUCCCCUUGCACGUCAAUUGUCAGAUCAUCGCGCGCAGAGCCGGUGCGGAGGGCAUCCUUAGUCGUGCGCAGCAGGAACGACUUGUCAAGUACGCGACCGACUGGAAUUCUAUCGCUACUGAGAUGAGGGCGCAGGGUGCUGAAGAGCAUCAGCAGAUCUGGAAGAUUCUGGAUUCUGUUAACUGCUUUACUUACUCUUCUUCGUCUUAA